AUGAAUGGUGAUAACGUGCUCCAUAAUGCGAACUUUGUAGGAGAUAUAGAGGUGAAUGCUGAUAACGUGCUCCAUAAUGCGAACUUUGUAGGAGAUAUAGAGGUGAAUGCUGAUAACGUGCUCCAUAACGAAAACUUUGGAGGAGAAAUGGAGGUGAAUGGUGAUAAAGUACUCCAUAACGAAAACUUUGGAGAAGAUAUGGAGGUGAAUAGUGAUAAUGUGCUCCAUAACGAGAACUUUGGAGGAGGUAUGGAGGUGAAUGGUGAUAAAAUGCUACAUAAAGAGAACUUUGGAGGAGGUAUGGAGGUGAAUGGUGAUAAAGUACUCCAUAACGAAAACUUUGGAGAAGGUAUGGAGGUGAACGGUGAUAAUAUGCUCCAAAACGAGAACUUUGGAAGAGGUAUGGAGGUGAAUAGUGAUAAUGUUCUCCAUAACGAAAACUUUGGAGCAGGUAUGGAGGUGAAUAAAGUGCUCCAUAACGAAAACUUUGGAGGAGGUAUGGAGGUGAAUGGUGAUAAAGUGCUCCAUAACGAAAACUUUGGAGGAGGUAUGGAGCUGAAUGGUGAUAACAUGCUCCAUAAUGAGAGCUUUGGAGGAGGUACAGAGGUGAAUGGUAAUAAGGAGCUCCAUAACGAAAACUUUGGAGGAGGUUUGGAGGUGAAUGGUGAUAAUGUGCUCCAUAACGAAAACUUUGGAGGAGGUAUGGAGGUGAGUGGUGAUAAAGUGCUCUAUAAUGAGAACUUUGGAGGAGGUAUGGAGGUGAAUGGUGAUAAAGUGCUCCAUAAAGAAAACUUUGGCGGAGGUAUGGAGGUGAAUGGUGAUAAAGUGCUCCAUAACGAAAACUUUGGAGGUGGUAUGGAGCUGAAUGGUGAUAACAUGCUCCAUAAUGAGAGUGUUGGAGGAGGUAUGGAGGUGAAUGAUAAUAAGGAGCUCCAUAACGAAAACUUUGGAGGAGGUUUGGAGGUGAAUGGUGAUAAAGUGCUCCAUAACGAGAACUUUGAAGGAGAGAAUGCUUUAAUGAUGCUUGCAAGCACAGAGAAUGCCAAACCAUCGAUGGUAAAGGAAGAUUUGAAACUGGGAUUCGCGCAGAAGAAAGCCAGCGCUAAGAAAGGAAAAAUACGUACUGGAAGUAUCGGAAGACAGAAAUCCAGGCCCAGAUUAUUGAGCCGCAGAAGAACUAUACUAGUACUUUCUGCUCGUCCAGCUUCGAUACGUUUUGUUUUUUAA